AUUUUUAAAAUGGGCACGACCCCUUAAAGAUUGUAGAGAUCAUUACUGAGUGUUUUCUCUCGCCCCUCAUUUGAAGUCAUUUCAUAGUCUCACCCCGAGACUAGUCAUUUCUUUAAUCUUAAUGUUUAGAAAGCUUCAAAAUAAAAGUCAAUGGCAGUCUCCAGCAGUAGUUCUUGCCUUCCUUUAGAAGAUGAAGACACCAGCACCAGCCCCUCUUGUUUGAAUAAUGCUACACUACUAGCAGAUCAUGAUAAACCAACCACUGCUGGUCUAAUGACUGAUGGAGGAGAAGAAGGGAGUUCAUUAAAUGUUAAAUUCUCAUCUGAUAUUCGUGACACCAUAGACCACGAGGUACACAAGUGGGUCCUCUCACAAUUUGAUAAAAACAAGAUACUCAAUUCAAAUCAAAUACGACAGAAAGCGUACGAGAUAGGUCAGAAACACGACCAGUACUUCAAAGCCUCUCUCAACUGGUACAAGAACUGGAAGAAGAAGAUUAACUUUGAGGAGCAGCCGGAACUGGACGCCCUCAGGAACAGGAAGAGAGCCUAUACAGCUGCUUUUAAACUCCACGCAGUACAACGCUCCAACGAACUACUGUCAGUUAGUCAGGCCUCUCUGGAACUCAACGUCUCAAGAAGGUGUCUUCAAAGAUGGAAGGAGGAGCUAGAUGUGAUCAGUACUGUAGCUGAGACAGCGUCUAAUGCAGUGUACCGUCGACCAGGUCAAGGGAGAAAGGUUGGUGACAGCUCUCUUGAUUUGAAACUAGUGGAGUGGCUGCAAGAAUCAUGGAAGGAAGGACAGCAGGUGUCAUCAUCAGGAGUGAGACAAAAGGCUAAGGAGAUCAGUGCUAAUCCUGACUUCAAGGCAUCGCUAGGUUGGUACAUGAAAUGGCAGAAACGACACAACGUCAACUUGAAAGAUAAAACCAUAGACUCACCGGCUCUUAGAGGUGACUCCACCCACUUGAAGCUCCGCCUACUACCGGAGGGACAGCAGUGUGCUUAUAGUAACCACACUGUCCACCCACGGAAGAAGAGGAAGACAAUAGAGGAACAACCCCUCAGUCCGGUAGAGGAAGUGGGCGGGGCUGGAGAGAGUGAAGCGGAGUUUGACAGAAUGUUACUAACAUGGCUAGUGGAGCGAUGGGACUCUUCUGAUACUGUAACUGAGCGAAUGUUACGAGAGAAAGCAAACGAGAUAUUGACCACACCCACUUCAUUCCGACCUACCAAAUCCUGGCUGAUUGACUGGAUGAAGAAAUACAACGUGUCACUAGAGAACCAAACCUUUGGACUAAGAGGAGAGAAUGAGGGGGAGAUUGUGGAGGAGAGUCCAGUCUAUGAUGAUAUUACAGUUCAUGAUUCCUCUCCUCUCACGCCCACUAAAGAAGAAGCAGCUACUGCUUUAGCGUCUUUAGCUAGCGAAGACCCCGGGGGGCUGGAAAUUGCUGAAGCAUUACAGAAAUUAGCUUCUGCUUUUGGACUUAACCAGGCUACUGGUAAAGAAGCAGUGGUUCAUCAGUUAGCCGCACUUUCUGAGCAGAUGACAUCCCAGCCCUCACUAAUGUCACCCUCUCCUGCCGUUCCCCCGGGCAACAUAAUAGCCCCCGCCCCUUUACCCCCGGCAACAGACCCCACCUACCUCCUAGAAGAAGGCGUGGUCCAGUUAAGCAGCGAGGACGUCAUUUCUGAGGAGAUAGUAACUGAUGAUAAUAUCAUUGUCUAUGAUGAUCCUAACACUACUACCAUUAAUGAAGGUCAUGGGGGCGUGGUUAGGGGUGGGGCUAAUAUACUAGAUACAAGCAGUACCACUGGGUCCGGUAAUAUUGAGUAUGAGAUUGUGGGUGGGGCCACGGGGGCAGACUUAUUGACAUACCCACCUGGUGGUAUAACGUCUUAUGAUAAAGAAGAUGGAGAUGUGUUAACCACACCUCCUCCACGACAUGUUUUUGUUGAAGAUGGUUCCGGUAAUUUAUUGGCCACACCCACUGCUCAACAGGGGGUUGUUACUCGUGUGGGUGGAGAGGAAGAGGUGACAACUGAGAGUGUGGUCAUUGAUGACAAUGAUGAUAAUAUAAUUAACGAGCUGAUAGCCACGCCCCCUAAUAUUAACGAUGUCCUUAUCAUGAAGACUGAUAAUUCUUUUGAUCAGAAUUAGACUGACCACUCCCACUUUUAUAA